AUGUAGGAUAUAAUUUAAAAGCCUAGUGGAGAAAUAAGCCUGCUGUUAUGAAAAACGGUAAAGUGUCAUGUACUAGGCUAUGAAGGGAAGAGAAAAAAGAGACAGGCCUAAAGAACGCUGCUCUUACUUUCACUUCCUCGUCAGGUUGUUUGACGGCUGUCGGCCCAUAAGGGACUUCCUCCUUCUAGCUUGUAGUCUGUGUGUGUGACAGUCAUGAAGGACGGCAGCAGAACAGAAGAACAGGCCAAGGUGUCCCGCCAGGAGCUCUAUGAGGACUAUGUGAACUACCUCCAGCUGUGUCCAGAGGUUCGGCCGUGCCGCGACGCCUGCCUGCUGGAGAAGGCGGCUCAGUACCUUCAGACGGAACCAGAACCCACAGGGUCCUUCAGCCUGUUCCCUUUCUACCAGGCUGUACGGCACGACUGUAAAUCUGUGCGCACCGUCUCCAGGGAGCAUCUGACUGCUUUUAUCAAAGCCACCGACCUGCUGGAAACUCUCUGCGUCAAUCUCUUCCUUCAGCCCUGGAAGAAGGAAAUCAAGACACUUAAGACUUUUACAGGUCCAUUUGUUUACUGUCUCCUGCCAGUUCUCGGCAGUUCUACCAUUCAGUCGGUCCUGGCCUCUAUUGGCUACCUGCCCCAUACGGACUCUCCACAAAGUGAAUACAGACUGAGUGAGGAUGCUAACCCAGACAGAGCCAUGCUGCUGGGCUUUGAGCUGCUGUUAGCCAGGGUGGAAUGUUACCACCUCCUGGAGCUCCUGGAGAAGGAUCAAGUGGGACCACAGGAGUGGCUGGAGGUCCUCCAGAGGAGAGUGGGGCCUACAAAACUAGAGGAAACCACAGAGAAGAAGACAACAAUAGGCCAGAAGGAAGAGAAGGAGAAGGAGGAGAAGAAGAAGGAAGAUAGAAAAGAGGUACGUCAGGAUUUGGACACCAGACUUGCUGUGAAACCACAGCCCAAGCCUCGACACUGCCAUUUCAUCGGCGUAGACCAGUCCAUUAUGGAGAUGCAGAUGACCUACCCUGACCUGGUCUUCAGGGGCCGCCCUGUGCAAAUGGACGAACCUCAACGAGCAAACAGCAGCAAGAGCAGCAGUAAAGAUGCCCAUACUACCAGCACUAAUAAUUAUAGUGAUGACAGUAAAGCUACUGACCUCCCAGAAAGAGAUUGUAUUAAAGACACCAAAGCUGCUGCUGCUAAAAAUAUCUGCAGCAAAAAGGAUGGCAGCAAAGUUGAUGAAGUGUUUGGUGACGAUGGCAAAAGCAGUGGUUGUAAUGACAGGAACAGUGGUGGGACCACCAGCCCAGGAGACACCAUUAGCAGCAGCAGUGUCAAUAAAACUGAUGGAAGCAGAGUUGAUUGUGAGCUCAGUGGUCCUCAGGAAAUUUCCCUGCACAUCCCACCGAGAGCUGGAUCCAAAGCAGAGCAGAGCCUGAAACUUGGAGAGCUUCAGCCCACAGCAGAACCUACUGCCUGGACACAGCAGCAGACUGUAGCGGACCUAGAAAAUAAGAGACCGGACACCUCAACGCUUCCCUCUCUGAGCUCCAUGGACGAGGAGCAGGAUCUGAGAAAGCUGGCAGAGAGGAUGGGCCAGCCCCUUGUGCAGGAGACCAAAGAGGAAGUGAAGAGCAAAGAAGAAAACAAGAGAGAAGAGCAAAACACAAGUAGAGAGAGGAGGAAAACAGAGAGAAAGGCAAGCACAGAGGGAGAGGCAGAAGAGCAGAACCUGAGGAAGCCAGUGAUGAAGACAGGCCCAGCACUGAGCCAUGCUCACUCUGAGAAGCAGUCCACUGUGUGUCACCACUCACAGCUGACUGCCAGCAAAGCAGAGUGCCAGGCUUGUAAAGGAGGAGGCAGCCCAGGGCAGCGGGAAGGAGAAGAUACUAUGAGAGCAGAAACAGGCAGAGGAGAGGAGGAGCAGACCUAUGUCAUAGUCGAGAAUAACAAAAAAUAACAUGCUCUCAAGUAUACAUGUAUAGAAAUUAUUCAUAAUAAAGCUAUAACUAAAUAAACCUGAGCAAGCCUUAAACCAAUACAACAUGUAAUCAGGUUAAUUCACAAAGAAUGGAUUGUAGCCACUGAUAGCACCAUAAAAACUGGUCAUCACUUGCGACCCUAACAGCUCUGUCUCAAGGUCUUAUUCACAAAAGACUUCAUGCUAAUAUAACACAGUGCAAAGACGGCCAUAAAGUUUUGCAGCUACCGUAUGUGCAGUUUCCCCUUAAUGCGUCCGAUUGCAAUUAUCCCUGUUGCAAAGUGUAACUGUUGUCUUUGCGCUAAGGACACCGUAGGCAGAUCAGUGGCAGAGAGAAAAAGAAAAAUGAUGCUCAAAACCUCAGGCAAGAAAUUUAAAUGUGACAGAGAGAUUUAAUAUCCUAGUCUGUCAGUGCCGUUUCUGUUUUCAAACACACAUAGUGGACACCCCUUAUAAAUGCACUUCAGUUUGUAGAGGGGAGACCAGGGUUGGUUGUCACACUUUUUACUCUUGUGUAAAUUGCUCCUCAUUAAAACAUCUUGCAAUAGUCAUUCCUACAUCAAAUGAAACCUUUGAAAGUGGAAGCCCUUUUGUUUUCACAACCUAUUGUAACAAGAGGUAAUUUACCAUCAAGGAUGCUCUGACACAUUGUGACAACCAACCCUGUCACAAGGUAUUGGGGUUUGUAGUCCCUACUGUUAUAAAUGGGGUUUUUAUUUUAAAAAAAAGCUGUUUAAUAUAGAAAUACCAAAAGAGUUUUGAAAUGAAUACCCCGUCUAUAAUAGUACUCAUCAAUGCCCCUUGUGUUUAAACCAUGCAUUUUAAACAUGUGAUUCUUUGUUCCAAUUAUUCUCUGUAAUGAGAAGCAAAAUAAAUGACUUUACAUUAUUGAACAAAAAUCUAGGCUUUAGUAAAGCCAUAACAAUUCAUCAUGAAUAUAAUAUAAAGCAGUGAGAUUUAAAUACAUUAAUCUCCACAUAUAUGACCACCAUCUCCAACUGGCCACUUGACAAACAUUUAAGCUGGAUACCACAUUGCUUUAUUUUGAAGUUGACUCAAAUCAAAGCUUAACUUCAACUUUUUAAUAUGUUUUUAAGUUUGUAAUUACUAAUAAUCCACAAUCUUUCAAUACAAAAACAACAACAUGAAAAUGUUACUCUGACAUAUAAAAAUUACAAUUUGUUUUCGUCACCUUAAUGUUUUGUGUGUGUUCCUCAAAACGACCAGUGCAAAAUGAGCAGGAUGGCAGAACAACUGUUUAAUAUCAAAUACAUGGUCCUCUAGUUUAGCUGUAAUGAACAGUGUGACAACUAACCCCGGUCUCCCCUGUGCCUCUCACUCUCUGAAGAUGCUAAUAAUUUCAUUGUAAUUGCAUGUGGCAGUGUGGCUAUUAGUGCUGAUCUUUGUGUAUUAGACUUUUGCAAUGAGGCCAAUUUUGCACCAGAUGUACUAUGCUUAUUACAAAAUUUAAAUGCAAAUAGAACAGGAGUACCGAGACACUAUUUGCUCACCAUAUAAUUUGAAAAUUACACCGUUUCGUUUUGUCCUGGCUAUUUGCAGUGGCAGACUAUAACUAAGUACAUUUAGUCAAGUACCUACUUAGUACAAGUACCUACUGAAUACAAAUUUGAGGUACUGUUUCAUUAUAAAUUAAAUUAUUCAGCAAUAUACUGUAUAGGCAAGGCCACACAAGUCCAGUUGAAAUCAUUAAUGUUUUUUAAUCGUCAGUUUUGACAGAAUUGUUUUGAUUUUUUUGAAUUGAGUGUUUUUACUUUCAGUACUUUAAUUUCUUGAUGAUACUUACAGACUUUUACUUAACAUUUUCAAUGCUGGACUUUUACGUGUAACAGAGUAUCUUUACAGUGUGGAAUUAGUACUUUUAAUUAAGUAAAGGAUCGGAAUACUUCUUUCACCACUGGCUAUUUGUACAGGUUUGGCUGCCGCAAAAGCCGUGCAAUCCUUUUGUGAAUUAGCCUGUCAGUUUGGAAUCUGCUCUACCUACUCUCAGGAACGUCUUCAGCUGCUUCAGCUGCAUAUAACAAAUGUUGGCUAACAGGACACUCCCAUAAACAAACCGUGGCUACACACCCAUGCUAACGUUGAUUAAAAAGAGCAAAAUAAAACAUCUUUUAGAAAUUGAUCUUAAAGCUUUACUUAAAAAACUAGGAAAAUACAACCUUUUAAGGACACCAAUUUUUUUUGUGAAUGAACAAUGUCUUGUAAAUAAGUAAAUGUUCUUCCUUAAAAUACAGGGGGCAUGAAUAUAGACACCCCUAUGUUAAAUUCCCAUAGAAGCAGGCACAUUUUUAUUAUUAAAGGCCGAUUAGUUCAUGGAUCCAGGAUACUCUGCAUCCUGGAAUUAAAAUAUUCCCACAUCAUCACAUAUUUUUCACCAUACAUAGUGUCUGGGAAUGGGAAUUUCACAUAGGGGUGUCUAUAUUAUAUUUUCUUUGCGAAUGAAUAAUGUAUUGUAAAUGAAUAAAUAUUUUUAGAAUACCCCCUGUAUUUUAAGGAAGAAUAUUUAUUUAUUAACAAUACAUUAUUUAUUCACAAAGAAAAUUGGUGUCCCUAAAAGGUUGGAUUUUCCUAAGUGUUUUGAAUUAAGGCAUUAAGAUCAAUUUCACAAUAAAGAUCCAAUUGUUUUUUUAUUCCUCUUUUUAAUCAACUUUAGCGUGGGUGUGUAAACUUAUGCAGCCACUGUAUUUGGCUGUCAAGUUGUGUAAUAAUCUAAUUCCCACCUUGUAUUUUUUUCUGGGUUAUUGUUAAGAUGUGUAGAAUAAUGUUCUUACUAUUUGCAGCCAAAUAUAAAAGAAUGUAAAAUGUUUCCAUUAACGACCAAGUGUGUUUUGGUGGAUGCUUAUUACACAGAGUAGUGUGCUGUCUGGAGAUAGUGGUUCCGUUAAGUUCUCCGGCCAAGGUACAUCUGCCUUCCCCAAACAACGGAAGGAUUUUCAUAUUACAAGGCUACAGCAUUCAAAACAACUGUGACUUCUCUUCUGGGCAUCUUUAUAGCCAUGAAUGUGCAUCCGUCAGAUGGUCAGUUGGGUGGCCUUCGUCGGUUUCUAGCUAGCGGGAUGUUGGGAGCUGUGUUGUGCUACAGUGGCCGACAGGGGCAAAUGCCCAGCAACUUAAGAAACACAUGCAAAUAGACAAAACACAAGCAAAUGAAGAAAACAACUUCAUGCAUAGAGGGAGCAUAGACUGUAUGUUAUUAAUAUAUCAUGUUAAUUUAACAUCCAGUCUAUGGACGGGAGCCAUGAGACGGAAGGUCUCCAGGCUGCAGACAUACCAGACUCUAAUAAAAAGGAGAGCACUCUCUCCCCGUGGGGUCGAAAAUCAAGCGGUUCCAUUUAGCACUCUCCUUAGAGACCUGAAGAACUUUUGUUGUGUAAUCUGGAUGCAGAUCUUUUUUUGAUUUGUUUUGGGGAUUUGACUGCCUUUAUUUUUGCAUACUUUCUUUUUUCGGGGUUUGUGUGCUUUUCUUUUUGCAUCGUUUCUGUAUUUGCAGCACUUUUAUGUAUUUGGUUGUGUGUAUUUGCUGAAUGCUAUGCAUGUUUUGUAAAAUCACUGAAGUUGCCUUAUUUUUAUUUGCUUGUGUUUUGUCCAUGUCUUCUUAAAUUGCAGGGCGUUUUGCCCAUCGGCCACCGUAGUUUGCUUUCCCAGAGACUUCUGCAUCCUGGAGGGCCGGUGCUUAUCAACCGGGUGACUUUUCUUUUUUUCUGAGGGCCACAUUCUGCUUUCUGAUGGUUCAUGCACAAGUUGAAAGAGCUGAUGGGAUUCCAUUUUACUGGUAUUGUUCCUUGUAUGAUUUUAUGUGACAAAUACGGUUGAUGUGAGCUAAGAUAAGAAGAGUUGGAAGCGACCCCAGCCACUUUUCUUCAUGAAGGACAAAACUAAUCAUUUUUUACAAUCACAAGUCAAGCCUAAAGUGAAUAGACUUUAGGUGACGUUCUUGGUACAGCAUAGGCUACAUUCAUUGGCACAUCUGUCUUGAUCUAUUCUGAUCAUCAUAUAAAAACAAAUAUGCACGCUUUAAAUCUAAACAGCAGGUUAACAUUAUUGCUCUACGUCAGAGAAACCCUUAAUAUUUUAGACAGCUGUGGAGAACACUAAAUCAGUGAAACAGCAAAACGUUAACCCUGAUUCUCUGAGUGACUAUCUCUCUAAUGGACCUGUGCUGGAGUGGAAUCACGGCUAGUUUCAUCAGAACCCAUCUCCAAGCAGCCUAGAGCCAGAGGGAUAUCUCUACACUCUAAGAACCAAGGUUACAAUGUAACCACACAUUCUCUAUCAUAUGGGGACUAUCUCUCCACUCUAGGGCAGCAGCAACUAAUCAUUUAAAUUCAAUUAUAGAUAAUAAUUAUAAUUAAUAUUUCUGUCCAUUUUGACUGACAAACACACGAUUACAGGUUAAUUAAAACCAAACGUAACGGACAGAAAUACCUUCACUCUGUUUUCUCUCAGAGAUCAAUGUUACCAAUCUCCUGGUAAAGCUAUUUUAAAAGCUUACCUUGGUAUAGCUUCCACCCCAAAACGUAAAGUUAAUUGUUACAGGGCCACCAUCUGGCUAAAUUGCUCCACAAUAGAGACUACACUCCCUUGGGUCCCCAGCAAAACCCCGUCCAAGUGUGAAGUAGAUCGAACAAACACUGAGAUUUUCAAACGAGAGACAGCCAGACAUACACCCAGUGCAUUUACAAUACCAAUACAAAAUAUAAAUCAACUAAUAUAUAAUGAUUUAUUAUUAUAGUUGAAGCUUCCCAGUAGUAUGCAACAUAAUUAAAAUUAGCUUCACCUUUAGCAGUUACAAUAUUAAAGUCAUUAACACAUGAAUGCCUCAAUAAUUAUAAAUCAGUGCAAAAUAAAUAGCAACUGAACCUAAAAAACUGCACACAUUGUAGAAUGAUUCAGAGAUUUCUAGCUGCUAGGAUCUUGUCACGGUUUUCUUCGUACUGGUGCAGCAUCUUCUGGAGGUCAUGGUCAGCUGGAAUCACCUGCAUACACAUGCAUUCAGACAUAACAGAGUUACAGGCCAGCAGUUGCUGCAGGAGACAAAGAAAUCCAGAUUUGAAGGUCCCUAUGACACCAGGACAUGCAGUAACAUCAGUUACACAACGAGUAGUCUCGCAUUGCCAGACCAGGGUCUGGUUAGUCCACACAGCAUUCUGGGAUGGAAGAAAAACAUACUCUGGUUUAUCUGCAUUUCUUUAAACCAAUCACAAUCGUCUUUAGCGAUGCUAAGCACCGGACGAACAUGUGUAUGUUCAAAAACUCAGAUUGGACAUAUAGUCUAGAUGCUUAGAGCUGACUUGACAUCUGGGAACAACUGACCAAGUCAACUGAUGGUUCUCGUAAUAUUCUGGCCAAAGGACUACAGUUGAAAAUUAGUCGGCUGGCUAACACGGGCACAUUUACAGAAAUGUUAAAGAAUGUGCGCGGUCCUUAGAAAUAAAUAAAUAAAUAAAAAAUAGUCUAGCUAGCUGUCUGGAUUUACCCUGCAGAGAUCUGAGGAGGAGCAGUUAAAUGUAGUCCUCAUAAAUCACCCGGAGUUUGAAAUUCCAACACAAAAGGUAACAGACAUUGGGCUAAAAAAAAUGAUCCGUCAGAAUUUCCAGCGGCACCGGAGCAACCCUGGAAGUGGAACGUCAUAGAUAAAGACUAUACAGCAAUUAAAUCAGGCAAUCUGAUUGGUCAGCUAGACAGACUAGAACAGUUUGGGAAAUCCCACGAUCUCUACACAGCUAACAUUGGCUCAAAAUGACUGGCUGACUACACAGGAACCGGAAAUCGUCUCUCUGUUGCUUGAAGUUUUUUUUUUAUGUUAGUCUCUACAAAGCUAACGGUUAACAACGAGGGACUACAAAUCCUGUUUGUUGUUGUAUUUGAGAGUAACCGUUGUUGUAUACGUUAAUCACACUCGAGGGUGUGGUUUAAAGUCACAUUAUUGGCACUUCAGUAAUGUUUAUGGACGUUGGUGCCAGCCGCACCACUGUUGUGCCAAUAAUGACUUUAAAUCACAUCCUUUCGUGUAAUAUUGCUUAAAUGGCCGAAGGGAUUAAGUGGAAACGCAUUCGGUCAUAGGUUGGCCCGCUACAAGUCAGUGGAAAAGGUCCAUCUUUGUGGUUACUUGAAACUAGAGAUGUUCCGAUACCACCUAAAAUGCUGGUAUCUGUAAAUACUGGAGUACAUGCACCAAUCCGAUACAAUGUAAUUUAGCCAAGAAGAAAAUCUACUUCAAACAGUUUAUGUAUGCUUGUUUUCUGUUAUGACUCACUGUCAAAGUAGAUGAU